AUGUCACAAGCAUCAUUUAACAUCUUUAGGAUUUCGGGUAAUUUAUCUCGCUUGACCCAUCAACUUACACUGGCAUAUAAGGAUAUCCUCCCUUUCCUUCCACCCACUCAAACGAAAUCUAUCAAAAACUUCCGAAACAUUCACUAUAAAACUUUGGUGCUAAAGAGUUUAAACUAUGAAAACAACGAGAGAUUAGCAGCAUCGUGCAUUUUGCAACGUAGACAGACAUAUAAAUUAAACGACGACGAGAUUGAACAAUUUCUCUUAGCUAUUAAUUCGAUUUAG